AUGGCGCGGCUGUGCGCGGGAUGGCGCCGCUGGCUCCGGCCGCUCGUGGUGACGGUGUACGCGCUGCUCGUGGCCGUGGCUUUACCGCUGGCUGUGUGGCAGCUCCAGAAAGCCGAGGCUGGAACACACACUAAGGCGUGGUUCAUCGCGGGUGUGUUUGUGUUUUUAACCAUUCCCAUCUCUCUAUGGGGCAUUCUGCAGCAUCUAGUGCACUACACCCAACCUGAGCUACAGAAGCCUAUCAUCAGAAUAUUGUGGAUGGUGCCAAUUUACAGCUUAGACAGCUGGAUUGCUCUGAAGUACCCCAGUAUAGCCAUCUAUGUGGAUACUUGUCGGGAGUGCUAUGAGGCGUAUGCCAUCUAUAACUUCCUGAUGUUCCUGCUGAACUUCUUGGAGACACAGUACCCGAACCUAGCGCUUAUUUUAGAGGCUCAGGAACAGCGCUCACUUCUGCCCCCUUUCUGCUGCUGCCCUCCAUGGGCCAUGGGAGAGGUUCUUCUGUUCAGGUGUAAACUGGGAGUUUUGCAGUACACUGUUGUCAGACCUGUUACUACUGUCAUAGCACUCGUGUGUCAGUUGUUUGGAGUCUAUGAUGAGGGAAACUUCAGCUUCAGGAAUGCCUGGACUUAUCUCGUCAUCGUCAACAACGCCUCCCAGCUGUUCGCCAUGUACUGCCUGCUGCUAUUCUACCGCACUCUGAAGGAAGAGCUGAGCCCGUUAAGACCUGUCGGGAAAUUCCUCUGUGUCAAAAUGGUGGUGUUUGCCUCAUUUUGGCAGGCUGUGUUCAUCGCCUUUCUGGUGAAGGUUGGAGUCAUCUCUCAGAAGCACACUUGGGAGUGGGAGAGUGUGGAGGCUGUAGCUACAGGGUUACAGGACUUUGUAAUUUGUAUUGAAAUGUUCCUGGCUGCCAUUGCGCAUCACUACAGCUUCAGUUACCGUCCGUAUGUGCGUGAGGAUGAUGAAGGCUCCUGCUUUGACUCCUUCCUUGCCAUGCUGGAUUUCUCCGAUAUACAAGCUGAUAUUUCUGAGCAAGUCCGUCAUGUGGGGCGCACAGUGCUCGGACGUCCCCGUAAGCUUUUCUUUGGCUCUGAAGUGGACAUUGUGCAGGGCGAGCACACCGGCCUCCUCUCAGGAGCGUCUCAUGAGCGACUGGGCGUCGACCCCCUCUCUGUACCCGCUUCCCCGAAGGCACAGUACCAGGGCCUCGGCCAAACAGACACACCUCGCUCUCGCUCCGCCCCCACUGGCUUUAACUCCUCCUCCUGGAGGAGCGACAGUUGCGUAGUUCCUGUGACUACCAGUCAGAACACAGGAGUGAAGUCAUAGUUGUAGUAUAUAGAAAACACACACGCACGCACGCACACACACACACACACACACACACAAACGCACACAGAGCAGAUGUUGAGUAUAUUUACACUACCGUUCAAAAGUUUGGGGUCACCCAGACAAUUUUGUGUUUUCCAUGAAAAGUCACACUUUAAUUUCCCACCAUAAGUUGUCAAAUGAAUAGAAAAUAUAGUCAAGACAUUUUUCUGGCCAUUUUGAGCAUUUAAUCGACCCCACAAAUGUGAUGCUCCAGAAACUCAAUCUGCUCAAAGGAAGGUCAGUUUUAUAGCUUCUCUAAAGAGCUAAACUGUUUUCAGCUGUGCUAACAUGAUUGUACAAGGGUUUUCUAAUCAUCCAUUAGCCUUCUGAGGCAAUGAGCAAACACAUUGUACCAUUAGAACACUGGAGUGAGAGUUGCUGGAAAUGGGCCUCUAUAUACCUAUGGAGAUAUUGCACCAAAAACCAGACAUUUGCAGCUAGAAUAGUCAUUUACCACAUUAGCAAUGUAUAGAGUGGAUUUCUGAUUAGUUUAAAGUGAUCUUCAUUGAAAAGAACAGUGCUUUUCUUUCAAAAAUAAGGACAUUUCAAAGUGACCCCAAACUUUUGAACGGUAGCGUACAAGCUGCAAACACAAUCAACACACAUCAAAACAUAUCCUAAUGACUACAUGAUAAAAGCAAACUGUUCUAAUAAAGGUCGUAUUGCAAUCUGAGUGCUUUUGAAAUUAUAUCGUGACUUUCCAGUGUUCAAACAUCUGGUUUUGUAAUUGCGUGCGCUGUAGUGCAGUGGUAUUUAAUAUGGUUUGCUUUGUCAAAGUUGAUGGUGAACUUAAGUGCACUGAAAUUGUUCUAGUGUCUCUUAAAUAAAACGACAAGGUUCGGUUUGUAUU